UCUCUAUCACUCCUAUUAUCCUUUCCAUUAAUAUGUCGUGUGAGAGGAGAGUUUGUGUGGAUCUGUGUGAUGAUUCUGAGUGAGCAAUUAGUUUUAUGGAUUUUAUUUGGCUAUGUGAGAUUUUGUUGUGACUUUGUGUAUAGUUGAGUUCAACGUAUCAUACUUUACAAGUUAAAUUCUUUGACUGCAGUGAUCUUGGAUUCCUACAAUUUCUUAGUGGCUCUACUUUAUUUGACUUCUUCCACCUGCUACUAUCUUCUUUGCAGGUAUACAAAAUGUCUCUCUUUCGCAUGCAGCAUGACAGGGUGGAAAUUCUUUUCAUCCUGUUGAAUUUCGAAUGUUGCAAUUAGUCAAAUCAGCCUAACAAUUAAACUUUAAUCAAGAUUUGAGUGCACCAUAUAAGGACUUUAAGACUUGAUAUAAUUCUCCAUAAUUCUUGGCUUAAUGGCUUCAAUCAAUUAUGUGAUUUUGGAUUCCUAUGAUUUCCUAGUGGCUAUACUUUAUCUACGCUCCUUCCACCUGCAACUUUCUUCUUCAUAGGAGUAAUAGCUGUGAUGCAUGGCAAAAAUGGCAAGAAUUUGAUGCAACCGAGUCCCGAAGAAGAGAAAACACAAUUGGUCCAGUUGGUGAUAUAGUCCGAAAGAGCAGGAAUCACAUUAUCUCAUCCGAUACACGGUCACAUUAAACUCUAUCCUGCAUGGUAAAUUUCGGAAAAUCAAGACGAAAUUAAGGAGAAUAAAAAUUUUGGGAAAUGGCGGCCGAGAUUGCUGUUCCAAUUGUUGCAGAGCAGGUGGUUCCUCCUGCUGCAAGUUGGAUUAAACGUCAAAUUAGUUAUGUGUUCAACUUCAAAAGAAAUGUUGAUAAUUUUAAUGAUCGACUCCAAAGUCUGAAUCUUAGGAGAGAGACAACCGAGCAUGAUGUUUAUGAUGCAACUACAACAAAAUUGGAAGUGAUUGAAAGGGAGGUUGAAGUUUGGCUACAGGGGGUGACUAGAUUUAAUGAGGAUGCACAAGUUUUUUUAGAGGAAAUAGAGAGGGCAAAGAAGGGUUGCUUCUUUGGGUUAUGCCCUAAUGUAAAGGCAAGGUAUCAGCUUAGUAAAAAAGCUGAGGAAAAAUCGAAUAACGCAGCCAAACAUAUGUCGCAGGGGCAGUUUGCUAGGCUUUCAUAUCGUCCUGCUCCACAAGGAAUACGUUUUCCAACCAUCAAGGAAUAUGAGACCUUUGAAUCAAGAGCAUGCCAUUUUGAAAAAAUUAUGAAUGCCUUUAAGAAUCCUAAUGUAAACAUGAUUGGCGUUUGGGGUAUGGGUGGUGUGGGCAAGACUACUCUUGUAAAGAAAGCUGCUGAGCAAGCCACCAUAGACAAGAUUUUUGAUGUGGUGGUUUUAUCGGAGGUAUCCUCAAAUCCAGACAUGAGAAAGAUUCAAGGAGAAAUUGCAGAGGCCCUAGGCUUCAAAAUCGAGGAGGAGACAAUUUCAGUGAGAUCCAUCCGGUUAUGUGAACGUUUGAUGAAAGAAAUGAAAAUUCUAGUGAUUCUUGAUAAUAUUUGGGCAAGGAUUGAUUUGGGAGAGUUAGGAAUACCUUUCGGGAAUGACCACAAAGGAUGCAAAAUAUUGAUGACGUUUAGAGAUGAGAGUGUAUUAACCGAGAUUGGUACUAAUAGUUUGAAAAUUUGGGUAGAUACAUUAGAUGAUGUGGAGGCUCGGAAAUUAUUUGAGAAAAUGGCAGGGGAUAUCGUGAAGGUUCCCAAUUUGCAACCUCUUGCCAUUGAAAUAGCUAAAAGAUGUGCAGGUCUGCCACUUUUGAUUACCACGGUUGCGAGGGCUCUAAGUAGUAGAAAGGAUUCAUAUACUUGGAAAGAAGCCUUACAACAAUUAGAUAAGUUUGGAAAUGAUGAUUUUGAUGUAGUGUAUUCAGCUCUAGAGUUAAGUUACAAUCAGUUGAGAGGUAAACUAAUGAAAGAGUUGUUCUUGCUUUGUGGUCUACUGAUGUAUACUUCCUUUGAGGAUUUGUUGAACUAUUGCAGGAUCCUUGAUUCUUUUGAAGACAAUAAUCGGCUGGAAGAUAGGAGAAACAAAUUGCAUAAAUUGGUUACAGACCUCAAAUCCGCAUGUUUGUUAUUAGAUGCUGAAAAAGGUUACAUCAAAAUGCAUGAUGUGGUUCGCAAGUUUGCUGUGUCAUUUGCAUGCCAAAAGCAUAAUAUCUUCAUUGAAGAACAUGAUGGUGAAUUGGAGGAAUGGCCCAAAAAGAAUACAGUUGCAAGGUUCUCUUCUGUUUGUUUUCCUCACAAUUUCAUUCACAGACUACUAGAAGGGUUGGAAUGUGAAGAGCUGAAGUUAUUUAUUCUGCAUUCCAAAAAUCGUGAUUUGAAAAUUCCAAGUUCAUUUUUCCAAGGGGUGAGAGGAAUUAUGGUCUUAGAUAUUAAGAAUAUAAUAAUUCCAUCUUUGCCUUCAUCCCUUUGUUAUCUAAACAACCUUUGCACUCUCUCUCUGGAGGAGUGUGAGUUGGAAGAUAUAGGCAUAAUAGGAAAUCUAGUUGGACUGGAAGUUCUUCGCAUUGUGAAUACAAACAUCUCCCGUUUGCCUGAGGAAAUAAGACAAUUGACUCGUCUGAAGCUGUUCAGUGUCAGCAGAUGUUAUAAUCUCAAAGUGAUUCCACCAAAUGUCAUUUCAUCCUUGACUCGAUUAGAAGAAUUGUCGAUUGAAGAAAGCUUUGUGAACUGGGAGGCUGAAGAAGUUGGUCAAAAUGCUUGCCUUGCUGAGUUGAAAAAAUUGUCUGAGCUCACUAGCUUAGAAAUUCACAUUCCGAAUUCCAAUAUUAUGCCAAAUGACUUGUUCUCACACAAGUUAGAAAGAUUUAAAAUAUUAAUAGGAGAUGGCUGGGACUGGAAAUGGCCUAGCAAGUAUGAAACCUCAAAAAGGUUGAAACUCAAACUCUCCACAAGCAUUCAUUUGAAGCCUGAUGUUCAGGAAUUGUUGAAGAAAACUGAAGAUCUUUAUCUCGACGAAUUGGUUGAUGUUAACAGUGUUUCUGAGUUAGAUAGGGAAGGUUUUCCAAGAUUGAGAUGUUUGCAUGUCCAGAAUGGUUGCAACUUCCAAUACAUAGUAAACUCAAACAUAAGGGUUCCUCGUCACCAUUUUUCAGGCUUGGAGGUACUCUCUCUUGAAAACUUGAUUAACCUUAAGAUGAUUUGUCACGGUCAACUUGGAGUAGAGUCUUUUAAUAAAUUGAGAAUUGUGAAAGUGAGAAGAUGUGAAGAAAUCAAUGUGGAUGAACCCAUCUCACUUCUUAAUGGGAAGAUAGUGCUUCCCAUCUUGGAGAAGUUACAUCUAUCUCAUAUUGGUGCUCAAAAAAUAUGGGACAAUAGUCUUCUAGCAAUGCCACGUUGUUUUCAUACAUUGAGAAAUUUGGAAUUGUCAGGCUGUGACAAAUUGAAGUUCUUAUUACCCGUUGAUGUGGUCACAAGUCUCAUUCAACUCGAAAAACUUAUGGUACAAGACUGUAAAUUAAUGGAAGGGAUAAUAGAAGGAGUCGCAGGUCAGAUGAUCUUCCCCCAAUUACGUCGUCUGAAUCUUAGAAGUCUUCCGAAACUCAAAAGAUUCUGCACAGGAAAUUCUAUUGAAUUUCCAUCCUUGUCCUUUAUGUGGAUAGAGAGAUGCCCGAAAUUGAAGUCGUUCAUCUUUGAUGAAAAGGAAGUCAGCAAUGAUGACCUCCCACCUCCUCUCUUUGAUGAAAAGGUGAAACUCCCUACCAUUGAAAGAUUAUACAUCUGGUCCGUUAACCUGAAAAGAAUAUGGCACAAUGAACUCCCCUCAGAAUCCUUUUGCAAACUAGAUAUGCUUUGGCUGCAUGACUGUGAAAAUGUAUUGCACAUUUUUCCGUCUAAUAUGCUGACAAGACUCCAGAACCUACAAAUUUUGCAUAUUGAGACGUGCAAAUCAAUGGAUGUGAUAUUUGAUUUGGAAGGGCCAAAUGCUUUGGAGAUGAUUAUUGCAAAGGCCCCCAUAUUCAGAAAACUAAAGUCCAUAACAAUCCAUAAGUGUCCAAGUCUGAGAUAUAUUUUUCCACUCUCUAUAGGCAGUGGACUUCAGGAACUUGAAGAGUUAGAUAUUUACUUCUGUAUGGCAGUUGAGAAAAUUGUUGCAAUGGAAGGGGGAGAUGCGGAUGUUAGGUUUGAGUUCCCAAAAGUCACUUCCCUGAAACUGCGAGAACUACCAAAACUAAGAAGUUUCUACCCUGGAAUUCAUACCUCAGAAUGGCCACUAUUAAAGAAAUUGAAAGUUGUUGAAUGUAGUAAACUGAAAAUAAUUGCUUCUGAAUGUCGGAAUGUGGAAGAAGGGGUGCAUGAUGAGUAUCUUUUGGAGACCUCAGUGGAGCAACCACUUUUUUUGUAUGAAAAGGAGAUAUUCCCCAACCUAGAAGAAUUGUCAUUGAGUUGGAAUUACAUUAUGAAGCAGAUGUGGCAUGGGGAAUUUCAAUUUGAAAUGUUUUGCAGAUUAAAAUCCCUUGAGGUUAUCAAGUAUCAUGAUGAAUCUUUUCCACCAGGUUUCUUUAAGAAACUGCCAAAUUUGGAAGAACUGAUGGUAAGGCGUAGUUCUUUCGAUGAGAUAUUCCCAAAUGGAGGAGUCAUUGGCGAGGCUGGAGAGCUCUCAACGUUUUGCACUAUCAAAAUUCUGAGAUUGAAAUUUUGCGACAGAUUGAAAAUUCUGUUUCCGUCCUCACUGCUGUCAUUCUGCCAUUUGAUUGAACUGGAUAUAUCAUAUUGUGGUGGAUUGACUUACUUAAUGUCUUGCUCGACAGCUAAAACAAUGAUGCAGCUUGAGAAAUUGACGGUAUUUGGAUGUAAAAUGCUGACGUCCAUUGUAGAAUGUGUAGGGGAACGUGAGGCAGAGGAUGAUAUCAUUUUCCACCAACUGAAAGAACUAGUUAUUGAUGAUAUGCCAAACGUUUCAAGCUUCUGCGGCUCAGCGAAACAUGCAUUCAAAUUACCAUCAUUGGAAGAUGUAUUUGUGGGAGGUUGCCCCAAUCUGAAAACUUUUUGCAAGGGUCCACUUUCCACUUUUAAGCUCCGGAGGCUCGUUGUACUAGGACCAGUAGUAUCUCCAUCAAUAUGGAACACUAAAGAGCAUUGGAAAGGCGACCUCAAUACUACCAUACAGACCUUGUAUAAAGAAAAGAUGACCAUCAGAAUACAGCGCCAAUUUCGGAGUCACGUUGCUCGUAGGGAUUUCAUUGCAUUGCGGAAGGCUUCCAUAGUAAUACAGUGUGCAGUGAGAGGAAAUAUUGCGCGUCAAAUGUUUGAAAGCUUAAAAGGAGAUAUUGCUUUGAAUUGAUGUUCACAUAUAUAAGAGAUCUGCUAAAUGCAUCAUCGGGCUCCAACAAUGCGUCUGUUAAAGAUGGCAAGUUAAGCUUUGUGUGUGUGUCAGGUGAAGAUGUGUGCUGGAAAUCUUUUUUGCUUUCAUAAUUGCAAGUACAGUCAUGCUAUCAAGUAUAAUUCAAUCCAUGGACUUUCGGUUUGAAAA